UCAUCAACCAACAUCUUCUUCAAGCAUCCUCCUCAAGCUUCUUCAAACCUCUUCAUCAAACAUCCUCCUCCAAGCUUCCUCGAGCAUCUUCCUUCUUCAAGAGUCCUCAUCAAGCAUCCUCCUUCCACCUCUUUAGGCUCUUCAUCCUCAUCAACAUGACUUCUCCACUGUUCCGCACACCUCCAUCUCCAAACAUCCUUUCGGGACACACAACUCCGGUCCUCCGCUCAUCCACACCUUGAGUACUCAUGACGGAACAGUCCAACUUGAAAAUCUCUCUCCAACUCGUGGGUAUACCUCAUUCCUUCCCCUCCCCACAACUUUGGUGAAUUUAACUGACCACACUCACACACAGCACACAACCCACAUACAGGCAUCCAUCACAACAAGAGUGUCCGAUCGGCGUUCCGUCGCGUCCACUCAUGGUUGACCAUCUCAAGAGUGAAGAGUAUCCGAUCGGAUUUCCUCCGCGUCUACUCUCAUGGGCACCACCUCAGCGUCCGAUCGGCGUUCCAUCGCGUCUGCUCUCACGGUCAACCAUUUCGUGAGCAAAGAGUAUCCGAUCGGCGUUCCGUCGCGUCUACUCUUAUGGCCAACGACCUCAGGGUCCGAUCGGAGUUCCUUCGCGUCCCCUUUGAUGAGCAACCAGCUCACGAGAGAGUGUGUCCGAUCGGCGAUCCGUCGCGUCCACUCUCUCCGAUGGUGUCUCUUUCCCCUCGGGGAAAUCCUGCCUCGCGUCUUCGAUGGUAAGUAUCCCUUCACUCUUCACCCUUCCCCACAACACACACUGACCUCUUCUAGUUCACAUCACAGGUUCUGCUUGGCAUCAUGGUUGGCUAUGUUUGGAAUGGAUCGGGGAAUUGGAUCAGGGUUGAAGGUGCUCAUGGUACAUUGGAAUCAUUGGUGGAUCAUUGGUGGAACAUGGAAACAUUGGUGA